AUGACAUCGACCAUCACAAAGACAAACAACAGCAUAACGAGGUCAUUUGAAGAUGACAAGUUUUUAUUACCACAAUUAAAAUCAUUAAACAAAACAUGGAUAUUUUCUGAAGAUGCCGUGAUCAAUAAUUCACCGACUCGACAUCAAAAACUAACAAUUAGUCAAGAGUUGAAAAAUAAGGAAUCGAUGCAUGAUUUUUUAAUUCGAUUAGGACAAAAAUUAAAAGUUGAUGGUAGAACAAUUUUAGCAGCAACAAUAUAUUUACAUCGAUUUUAUAUGCGAGUGCCGAUUUCUCAAUCAAAAUAUUAUGUUGUUUCAGCUGCCCUCACCAUUUCAUGUAAAUUGAAUGAUAAUUAUCGAACUCCUGAUAAAGUGGCAUUACUUUCGUGUAAUGUCAAACUACCACCAAAUGCUAAACCCAUCGAUGAACAAAGUGAAAUGUAUUGGCGAUGGAAAGAUCAAUUAUUAUUUCGAGAAGAAUUGAUGUUACGAAAAUUGAAUUUUGAUUUGAAUUUGACUCUACCUUAUGAAAUAAGAGAUCAUAUUUUUAAAAAUUUUAUGCUUUUGGAUCAAGAAGACGAACUGGUGAAAUUAUUUAGUACUCAUAAAUUAGAUAUUUUGAAAAUGACAACAUCUUUAAUUGAAUCUUUAUCUAGUUUACCAGUUAUUUUGUGUUACGAAAUGAAUAUAAUGUUUGGAACAUGUUUAAUUAUAACAAUUCUAGAAGGUAAGAAAAUCAUUGAUGAAAAAUUGAAUAUUCCAACUGCAUUUCUAUACAGAUUUUUGGAUACUGAUUCAGAAACUUGUUUGAAAUGCUUUCAUUUUAUCAAAAACUUAUUGAAAUUUUCUCAAGAUGAUCCUCAUAUUAUCAGUAAUAAAGCAAGUGCGAAACGAUUGUUAGAUAUAAGAUCAAGAACAUUUCAUGAAAUUGCUAAACAAGGAGAUCUCAAGCAACCACAACCACAACCACAACCACAACCACAACAACAUGAAAAUGAAACCACAACCAAAGAGAAAAAGCCAGAGGAUAACCAAGGCGAGGGAAACAAUGCUACAGAGAAGAUUGAAAACGGUCAUACAACAAACAGCACAAACACGGACCCCAAAAGUCAAGAUAAUAAAGUAGAUGUGAUUGAAAAGAAGGAAGCAAAGGAGAUAAACAAAAGUGAAACACAAGAUGACCAUACACAAGAAAGAAGCACUAUCGCUGCCGAGAAUAAAGUGCCAGAUACAGAAAGCAAUGUAACAAAAUCUGAAAUCACGAAAUCUAACAAUGAGAUUAUGGCUGAAAAGAACCCCGACGUAAAAAAUAGUAAUAGCAAUAGUGAUGACACUGGAUACACAUCUAACCAGUUAGAACAAGGAAAAGAUACCAAAAAUGAAGAAUUAGAAAAGAUACUUGAUUCUGAAAAGAUUUCUACACCAAACAAUGGUACCACUACCGACAAACCUGCUGCUGAUGUACAUGAUUCAACCAACGGCACAAACGAAAAUUCUAUUGGAGAAAAAAGAGUUCUUGAACAAGAUUCAAAUGACACUAAUGUAGACUCACCUAGUAGUAAAAUAGCAAAAGUUGAAUAG